AUGAUCGCCAGCAAGAUGCCCAGAGAAGUACGAUUACCAUCCUUUCAGAUAGAAAUCAUCGGUGCUAUGAGCACAUACAAGAUCUACUGCCAGUCACUACUGCCCCUAUCUCAUUCUGCUCUCCUAAUAAUGGUUGCACCGUCUUUUCCUCUUCUCAAUCUCCCUGAGAAAAGCCUAAAGGAGGUUUUUUGCAAUAUGUCAGUAGUGCAACAAACAUGCAUCUCAAUGAUUUCCGAGAAAACCAAAAAUUUGGUCAGAAAGUUUCACAUCUUCAAACAAGUUCAAAUAUGGUUGGAUUUUUCUGAUUCGCUGAGAUGUUAUAUGAGCCUAAAAGGAAUUUCUCUCUCUAUUUGGCAUACUCCAAUGUGGCAUUAA